GAAAUAUGAGGAUUUGGUUGCGGACAGACAUUGGAUGACCAAGAUUGGAACAUUCGAAUGGAGCGUCUGUGUUACUCAUAUGCGGGUUUGUUAACAAUAGCACCAACCGGAAUGUGAUACUUUGCGUAAAUUCAAUAACAGCCUUUCCUGGAUGUCAGUCAAACGUCCGACUGUUCGUGAAGGCAGCAGUAAAGAAGGACGAAGGCACACUGGUAACGCUGCUGUUACUAAGCUAUUAAAUGCUCAGCUUUAUCCUCCGCGUCGACAUUGCUCGCCAAUAUGCGCUCGAAUAUUAAUGCCGACACUAUUUUGAUUUGCGUCUGGUGUCACUGAGGGCAUUUUCAAGGAUUCGCCAUGGCGUUCUUCAACGAGCCGAGCUAGCCUAGCUUAGCCUAGCUAGCUGACUCUUUCUUCGUCGAGCUAAGCUAACAGGCUAGCUGUUGUUAGCAUCGAGCUAAGCUAACAGGCUAGCUGUUGUUAACAUCCAGCUAAGCUAACAGGCUAGCUGUUGUUAGCAUCCAGCUAAGCUUACCGAGGCCCAGUAUGGCGAUUGUGUCUGGCUCCUGUGCCCGGGUGAACGGCUCCAGGAACGGGCCCUCUGUCUCCGCAGUGACUCCGUCCGGCUCCGUUGGCCAGUCCCAGCCCAUGAUAGCCGUGUGGGAAUGGCAGGACGACCAGGGCCACUGGCGGCCUUACAGCGGCCAAGUGAGCGCCCACAUCGAGCGAUGCCUAUCGCCGCGGGGACACCGAGGCGGCGCGCCGGGCACCUCCACCAUCUCCCUCGGACAGUCUGACCCCGGCCUGUCGCCAUAUCUUAUUGACGUGCCGAGCUUGAAACAGUUCAGACAGGACACAGGAAAAACCAGGUCAGUCCGACGCUCCCUGUUUGCACAGUCCUCAGGUCUGGGCAGUGGUGUCUAUUGGGAAUGGGCCAACGAUGAAGGCGCGUGGACCCCCUACGAAACUCGCACCUCCAUCCUCCUGGAGCACAGCUACCAGGCCCGACAAGGCACGGCCGACCUGGGCCCGCACGGCUACAACUACAUCGUGGAUCUCACCUCACUCACUCAAGUGAACAAGUCGUCGGGUUUCAGGCGGCAGGUGCGGAGGCAGUGCAACCUGCCCUACCCGCUGGCCUCCUUCGGACCCCCGGCCAUCCCCUCUGGACCCGCGGCCGUCCCUUCGACCGGCUCCGCCUGCUCCUGCCAGCAGUGUCUGAACCACAGCGGCACAGGACCCAUGCCCAGCCGUACACGGCAUUCCUUCUCGUCGGGCAGCCUGAACCGACCCACACUUCAGGGACCCGGGAGGGCGAUGGCCGCUCACCCGACUUCAGUGUACUCGCCGUACCCCCGCCGCCCGCUUUCCGUUGGGGGGAUGUCGUGGGGGACCCCAUGGCCUCCGCCGCCCUCUGCCAGCCAUCUGGCCGCACCCCAUUUAGGCAGCUCUUCUAGUGCCAAUGGCUUAAGCGUUCCUUCCAUUCCUGUGCAGCUGAACGGAUCGACCAGCGUCAGCUCGGCCCUGGCAGGCAUGGCCUCCAUUUUGAUGUCAGCGGUCGGACUCGGCGUGCACUUCACCACUACCGCCCCCCUCCCGCAGCCUCCUCCGCCGCUACCACCGCCGCAUCAGCAUCUGCCGCUGCCAGCGCAACAGCACCCGCAGCAAUUCUCUCUCCCCCCUCUUCCUGUCCCCUUCCCCCCUGCCAGCAGGCCCAGCAAGCCCCCCAGCAGCAGCAGCAGCAGCAGCAGUUCAGUUAGGAGAGCCAAGAGGCAGCACAGGAGAGCAUCCGCUCAGAGAGCCGAGGAGGUGAUCCGCCGCUACAUGGAGGUGGUGCCCGGCGUACCAGAUGAGGACUGCAUCAUCUGCAUGGACCAACUGUCCAAUCCGUCCGGCUACGAGACCCCGGCGCCGACCGAAGAAGGCGGGCAGAGCAUCCCGCCGGACGCCGUGGGCAAGUUCAUCAAGUGUGGACACACCCUGCACAUGCUCUGCAUGCUGGCCAUGUACAACAACGGGACCAAGGACGGCAGCCUGCAGUGCCCCUCUUGUAAGACCAUCUACGGCGAGAAGACGGGCACGCAGCCUUUAAAAGGCAAGAUGGAAAUUUACAGCAUCGCUCAGGCGCUACCAGGACACCGGGACUGUGGCACCAUUCAGAUUAUCUACAGCAUCCCGCCUGGAAUUCAGGGUCCGGAGCAUCCCAACCCCGGACAACCGUUUACGUGUCGAGGAUUCCCUCGGUUCUGCUUCCUGCCAGACAGCGACAAGGGCAGGAAGGUGCUGGAGCUGCUGAAGGUGGCAUGGAUGCGGCGCCUCAUCUUCACCGUCGGCACGUCGAGCACGACGGGGGAGCCCGACACGGUGGUGUGGAACGGAAUCCACCACAAGACCGAGAUGAUGUCCAACCUGUCGGGCCACGGCUACCCGGACCCCAACUACCUGGACAACGUUCUGUCUGAGCUGGCCUCUCAGGGCGUCACCGAGGACUGCCUGGGAAGCAGCAGUUAGGUCAUCGCCUUCAACCCGCUUCCUCUCCUCCGCCAUGAAGGCGAGCAUCACGGGGGGAAAAAAAACCAGCCUUCUGGAAGAAGGCGGCGCCGGCUACAUUCCUGCUCAUAUUCCGGGAGACGAUAACACCUGAGUAAACAAUGUGCUUCUAUUUUCCUUUUGUCCGUAUCCCCCCGCCCUCACUGACUCGGUCGCCAUGACGACAGCACGGGGGAUACAAAUCUCAUUAAGCACUUUAGUUGUGACAUCAAGCUGGCGUGCGUUCCGGUUUAGGGCAGUCUACUUAAAUUGGUUAUGCAAUUUAAAAAAAAAAGCGUAGCAAAGCUAAGUCUUAACAAUACUUGAUGUGACGUCAUUCAAACGUAGGAAACAAAACAAGUACUCUUAGUGUCUAACCUGGAUGCAGGGCUUUCAUGCACUCGUCUUCACGGAGACUAACCAUGCUGGGAUUUAAAGAAGAAAAGAAAGGUUAAGUUAGAUUCUACAUGGUGACAAUCAACUUCCUGUACUCACAUGAGUUUGUGUUACUCUGCUCUGUACGCCAACACUAACACUGAAAAGUCUGCAAUAAAAGCAUUCAUGGGAAAAAAAGGACCACUGCUCUGGUUUCAUUUCCUGGUGACAAGAGCAAAGAAGGCGUAGACCGUGCAAGGCAACACAUUUUUUAUUGUUGAAAAGGCCUAACUGGCGUUAAGGUACAGCAUCUUUAAAUGGGGGUUAGUCGUCACAGAGUAACAUACCAUUCUUUCCUCGCAUUUGAUACAUUCUGCUUCUUUCUUUUCCUUCUUUUUUUUUUCAACGACAUAUACAUGUUAAUGUGGCGCUAACAUACAGAGGCUGUGUAUACUGAAGCAGCCUGUGUGGGCAGGUUCCAUACAGUGGAUAUAGGAAGCAAGCCGAGCAAAAAAAAAAAAAAACAAUUGUGGAAAAAAAUAAAGGUCUUUGAGUCAAAAUGGCCGGAAUGACUAAUCAGUCUUCUUUAUCAAACGUUAAUGUUACGGCAAUGAAGGAUUUAUUUUAAUAGGGAACAACUACAUGUAAAAUAACAGUCGUUUUUGUUAUGUAAAAAAAAGAAAAUGUGGUUAGUUUUUGUAAAACUUAAAAAAAAAAAAGUAAUGUGUAUAAUAAAUAAACGAAAAAAUAGACAAAAUAUUUAAGAGAUUUUUUCUUACAGAUUGAAAAAGUCAAAAUGGCGAAAAUGAAUACAAUUUGGUUUUCCUCUAUCAGUUUAUGUACAGUAUAAAUAUAUAUUC